GUCCCCUUUCUGGGUUACCACCACGUGCUGAUGAUUUUGAUCGUCGUCGCAAUCAUCUUACUUUGUAUGUCGCGUUCGCUGCUGCUUGCUGGCUGCUCGUCCUCGUCGCCUCUGAUCCCCGGAAUUUUCCUGCUAUCCAUCUACUACAAGGGUUACGAGGCUCACCCCGACACGGCGCAGGUCGAUUACAGCUUUUAUGGCGCCCUGGAGAACUUUGCUGGAAACGCCCAGUUGCAGGCUCGAGUUGGUUACUUUGGCAUCUGCGUCAACCCGGAUGGCGGCUCGUGGCUGUGUAGUAACAAUGCGACAGCCUUGGCCAAGGAAGUCUCAGUGGACCAGGACCCUCUCAACCUCAUUUGGCUGGCGGCCCAAUUCAAAGACAUGAUUGUGUUUCCCUACCUGAUCAUCAUCGCCAUCAUCUUCGCCUUCAUCUGUCUGCUCCUUUUGGCUACUUUCCCCGGAUGGCACGAGGAGGAGGACUCUGAAGGAUCCGAGCGCGAAGUCAAGCCAUUCCCCUCUCGCCCUGUCUCGCAAAUCGCACUGGCCAUCAUCUUCAUCUCUUCCAUCUUCGUCCUCGUGUCAGUUCUCUGGCAGCAUACUGCAUCCGUGGCAGCAUCCGUUAUUGCUCAAGACUUUGGCAAUGGUGUUGUGAAGAGUGGCGUGGGCAGCAGCGCCAUGGUAAUGGGCUGGUUCUCGUUUACACUGCUCAUCAUCGUCACCAUUGGUUUGCUCGUAAUGAUAUUGAGCAUACGCGUCCUGAGUUCAAUGGUGUGAUAAAGCAUGGGUGGGUUUAAUGUGAGGGAAAAAAACAAUGCGGCUAUGACGGGUGGAUAUGAGAUAUGAGACGGGAAGUCUAUGUGUAUAUGUGAUGGGCGAUACCAGGGGCGUGUAAACGGGCGGCACAACUUUCGACUUUACGGGGUUGGUUGGUUUACAGGCAUCAGCAUCGGAGUUACGACGGCGUUCACGAAGAAUACUUAAUGUGUCCAAACGACGACAAAAAACCGAACCGAAAAAAAAAGAAAAAAA